AUGGCCGCCUCUGCCUCUUGCAUUUCUCUGGUGGUGCUCGUGGCCCUGGCCACGGCGGCGUCGGCGCAGCUGUCCCCGACGUUCUACGAUUCGUCGUGCCCCGGGGCGCUGGCCGCCAUCAAGAGCGCCGUGACGGCCGCCGUGAGCAGCGACCCCCGCAUGGGCGCGUCGCUGCUCCGGCUGCACUUCCACGACUGCUUUGUCCAGGGCUGCGACGCCUCUGUUCUGCUGUCCGGCAACGAGCAGAACGCGGGUCCAAACGCGGGGUCGCUGAGGGGCUUCGGUGUCAUCGACGGCAUCAAGGCCCAGGUCGAGGCCGUGUGCAAGCAAACCGUCUCCUGCGCUGACAUCCUCGCCGUCGCCGCCCGCGACUCGGUCGUCGCCCUCGGAGGUUCGUCAUGGACAGUUCCUCUGGGGAGAAGGGACUCCACAGGUGCAAACGCGGGGCUGGCAAACAGCGACAUCCCAGGCCCGGGCUCCAGCCGGGCGCAGCUCGAGGCCGCGUUCCUCAAGAAGGGCCUGGACACGGUCGACAUGGUGGCCCUCUCCGGCGCACACACCAUCGGGCGGGCGCAGUGCAGCUCCUUCCGCUCUCGGAUCUACGGCGGCGACACCAACAUCAACGCCGCCUACGCGGCGUCGCUCCGGGCCAACUGCCCCCAGUCCGGCGGCAACGGCAACCUGGCGCCGCUGGACGCGACGACGCCCAACACCUUCGACAACGCAUACUACACGGACCUCCUGUCCCAGAAGGGGCUCAUGCACUCGGACCAGGUGCUGUUCAACGGCGACACUACCGACAACACGGUCCGGAACUUCGCGUCCAACCCGGCGGCGUUCAGCAGCGCCUUCACGACGGCCAUGAUCAAGAUGGGCAACAUCGCGCCGCUCACCGGGGCGCAGGGCCAGAUCAGGCUCAGCUGCUCCAAGGUGAACUCCUGA